AUGGACAAAACCCAAAAAAUCGGGAAACGAAACCGGCCGCCCGUCUCCUGUGAGCCAUGUCGCACGCGAAAGUUAAAAUGCAAUCGCCAGUUACCAUGUGACGAAUGUCUGAAGCGAAAUCGCGCAUCUUCUUGCAAGUAUGCUUCAAAUGCCGAUCGCAACAGAGUCAAUUCACCCGCACGGAACAACUUGGAUGAUCGACUAAGGAAUAUUGAGAAGCUCGUUUCCUCACUUGUUGGCCCGCCAAAUGCAGCGAAAGAAUCCUCUAAGAACAUGGUCUCGAGUCAUAAACGGCCAGACGAUCCCACAGUGAACAACCAUGCCGCAUUCUCAGAGCUGAAGGAGUCGCCGCCUGUCCUGCAUGAUCAGAACGGUGAAGCAUUCUAUACCGAACCAAGCCAUUGGAUGUCGAUCCUCCAGGACAUCAAAUUUGUGCGAGCACAUCUACCUUCAGAAUCAGAGACUCCCAGUGAGCCCUCAGGCAGUGAUGACCCGGGCUUGAGUCCCGAUUUAGAUAUCAGCCUUAAUCUCGGCCCAUGCGAUAGAAUCAGUAUGGCUGAUGUUCUGACAGUCCUACCAGCCCAGCCGGUGUCCGAUAUGCUGCUGUCGAAAUAUUUCAACUCUCGUUACAUGGUUCUAGGAAUCGUACACUAUGGAAAGUUUCGCAUGGAGCACAUCAUUCCGCUGGCUUGCCCUCCUCUUUUCCAUCCUCAGUGUCGCGACGACAUUCUACGGCAAGGCCAGGCCAGGUACGGACUCAGUUCAAGGGAUCCCCUCACCGCAAGUCCUUCAACAAGCUACUGCACGAUGUCUCAUCUCAGGGGAUAUGGCACAGCCAAGGAAUACUCAAUCGAGGCGCUAUUUUUGUAUCUGCAAAGCAGAUUCAUGAACGCAACUAGCUCAACGAAUCAACUAUGGCUCGAGCUGGGCACGAUUAUUCGACUCGCCCUCCGAAUGGGCUAUCACCGCGACCCGGACGGACUGCAGAAUAUCUCUGCCUUUGACGGUGAGAUACGACGUCGCGUCUGGCUUCACAUAUUCCAAAUCGAUGCUCUGGUUUCAUUUCAGAUGGGAUUACCAAGCAUGAUUCCGACAGAAUAUUGCGACGCCAAGCUUCCGAGCAACUUACACGAUGCCGAUAUCUCAAUUGAGAUGGACGUAGUCCCUCCCUCACGACCGUUAUCCGAGGUGACACCAAUGCUCUAUGGAAUCGUCAAGUCCGGCAUCAUGAGGAUAUUCAAGAAGAUCGUCAUGCAUACUCAGCCUCUCGCAUCUCCAGAUUACAGCACGAUCCUUGCAUUGAGCCACGAAAUGAAAAGUGUAUACGAAGCAGUGCCGGAUGUGCUGAAACGGCGGAGCAUUUCAGACUCCUUCAUGGACUCGUCAGAUAUCAUUCUUGAACGCUGUACACUAGAGCUGCUUUACCUCAAAGGCAUUGUUGUCCUCCACCGGAGAUACGUCCGGAAUGACCUGGAAAGCUCACAAUUCGAGCCUUCUCGUCGCUAUUGCUUAGAAGCAGCGCUGGAGAUCCUCUCUCGUCAAGCAGAUAUCUACAAAGCAUCGCUUCCGGGAGGACGACUGCAUGAAGACCGAUGGAUGAUUACCGCAUUGACGGAGCACGAUUUUCUCCUCGCUGCCAUGAUUGUCUGUCUGGAUCUUUCCAUCCAGAUUGAAUCGGAAGCACCAGAGAUCGCACAAAUCGAAGGCAGCGAGAGUUUUACAGCGAAGAAGUUCCGCGCGCUUCAAAUGUCAAGGGAGAUUUGGGCAGCAAAUCGGAACUGUCCCCCUCAAUCGCAUCUUGCAUCGGUGGUUCUUGAUUUGAUGAUUCGAAAAGUCACUGAGAAACAGUCAGGUUUCUAUAUCAUGCAGGAUAUGGGUCUUGCUCAGCCUGAGAUCGAUCCAUGGGUAGGCGCCGAGUUUCCCUAUAUGGAGUCUAUGUCGGACAUGAUUGAUGGAUCGGAGGCAGUCGAUUGGUCUCUACUCGAUCGGUUCUUCCAGAAUGACAUCACCAAGUGA